CCGCUGGCGGCGGUAGACGCUCCUGGCGGCUCGCGGGGCUGCAAGCUGCGGUGGGCGCAGGCGAGGGAGCCCCGCGGGCCCGCACGAUGGUGCUGUCGGUGCCGGUGAUCGCGCUGGGCGCCACUCUGGGCACCGCCACCAGCAUCCUCGCGCUGUGCGGGGUCACCUGCCUGUGCCGCCACAUGCACCCCAAGAAGGGGCUGCUGCAGCGAGACCGGGACCCGGAUCCUGAGAAGGGGAGACCCGGUGUGCUCAGGCCAUCACAACAGUUCAACGUAAAGAAAUCCACGGAGCCUGUGCAGCCCCGAGCUCUCCUCCAGUUCCCAGACGUGUAUGGCCCCCGGCCUGCGGUCACAGCCCCCGAGGUCAUCAACUAUGCCGACUACACACUGAGGACCACAGAGGAACCGGCAGCACCUGCCAGCCCCUCAGCCCUGUCUGACAGCCGGCUCAAGAGGCAGGUCACGGAGGAGCUCUUCAUCCUGCCUCAGAAUGGUGUGGUGGAAGAUGUCUGUGUGAUGGAGACCUGGAACCCCGAGAAGGCUGCCAGCUGGAAGCAGGCCCCCAAGCUGCACUACUGCCUGGACUAUGACCGGCAGAAGGCAGAGUUGUUCGUGACUCGUCUAGAAGCUGUGACCAGUGAUCAUGACGGAGGCUGUGACUGCUAUGUUCAGGGCAGCGUGGCCAACAGAAUGGGCUCCGUGGAGGCCCAGACAGCCCUAAAGAAGCGACAGCUGCACACCAUCUGGGAAGAAGGCCUGGUGCUCCCCCUGGCGGAAGAGGAACUCCCCACAGCCACCCUGACACUGACCCUGAGGACCUGUGACCGUUUCUCCCGCCACAGUGUGGCAGGGGAGCUCCGCCUGAGCCUGGAUGGGGUGACUGUGCCUCUGGGGGCUGCACAGUGGGGUGAGCUGAAGACUUCAGUCAAGGAGUCGUCUGAGGGGGCAGGAGAGGUGCUCUUGUCAGUCAGCUACCUCCCGGCUGCCAGCCGCCUCCUGGUGGUGCUGAUCAAGGCCAAGAACCUCCAUUCCACACAGCCCAAGGAGCUUCUGGGCAAAGAUGUUUCUGUCAAGGUGACCUUGAAGCACCAGGCCAGGAAACUGAAGAAAAAGCAGACAAAACGGGCCAAGCACAAGAUCAACCCCGUCUGGAAUGAGAUGAUCAUGUUUGAGCUGCCGGACGAGCUGCUGCGGGACUCCAGCGUGGAGCUGGAGGUGCUGGGCCAGGAUGAGGGGGGCCGGAGCUGCACCCCCCUGGGCCACUGCAGCCUGGGCCUGCACGCCGCCGGCUCCCAGCGCAGCCACUGGGAGGAGAUGCUCAAAAACCCAAGGCGACAGAUCGCUAUGUGGCAUCAGCUGCACCUGUGACCCUUACCCCCUCUGAGACCCCCGUGUGCUCCAUCUAUCCUCCUCUAGACACCCCUGUGAUGGGCCUGUAUGCAAGGGCCAGCACCCACAUCUCUUCUCCCCACCCUCCCAUCUCUGUCAAGGGAGCAGGGCAGUGUGUACACGUGGGACGCUUGCUUGGGCGUUCCUCAGAGGGGACAUUUACUGGAUGCAGCCCAGAUCUGCACAGUUUUGGAGAUCAGGCCAGGCCAGAUGCACAGGAAUUUGGAUCACCAAUGCAAAGGGAAUGUAAUGUGGGUUUUGAAAAACCAGCAUUACAAAGGAGGGAAAAAAAGAUGAAGGAAGUGAAACCACUCCAGACCCACCUCUUAAAAGUCAAGCUUGUCCAGGUAGCAAGGGACCUCAGCCAGCAGCAAGUCCCACUGCUGACUCAAAGCAGCAGCCCUGCAUUCUCAUCAGACCUUAGCCCAGGCAGAGUGACCAGCAGACUCUGGGAGUCCCAGGCCCAUCAGUAGACAUUCCAAGUAAGGAUUCUAGGCCCAAAUCCAGAAGCCUCCUCUUCCUCCUCUUCCUCCCUUUCCUUUCAAGUACUGAGGAGUUUGGAUGCAUAAUAGUUUGUAUUUGGAGAAAUCCCUUCUAUGGGAUCCCAGACAGGGUUUCACAGACCCAGGCAGGACCCUGAGAUUUUGGGGGGAGUUGAUUCCAUUGGUGUGAAGUAUAGGAGUCUCUGGGUUUUUACCUGAUUACUUUAAUCCUCAAUAUCCACCCUAUUCGAACCCCCCCCCCCCAUCCACCUAGCUUUCUAGAUCUUGUGUCUGUACUGUUAAAUACCUCUGCUGGGUUUUGUUUUUAAGAUUUUAUUUAUUCACUUACUGGACAAAGACAGAAACUUAGAUGGAAGGGGAGAAUAAAAGAGAGAGAGAGAGAGAGAGACCUGCAGCACUAUUUCACUACUUGUGAAGUUUCCCCUUGCAGGUGGGGACUAAGGGCUUGAACCUGGGUCCUUGUGUACUGUAACCCAUGUGCUUAAUGGAGUGUGCCACCACCCA